GAGACGAAAUUCAUCUAAUUUAAAAACUUUUUAGAUCGAUGAAGAUGUGGAAUUUUACCUUCCUAUCUCGGAAGAGGUGAUGCUAUUGAAAAAAGGUAUAAAAGGGAUGCAUCCUCCUAAUCUCGUCUUCCGGGUUAUAGGUGUAAAAUUUUUUUUUGACAAUCAAUAUACUUAAUUGUCUAUGUUCACCAUGUGGUGGCAUCUCCUACCCUUGAGCGCGCUCACUGCUCUAGGAGCAGCUACUGCACCAUCAUGCUCUUCCGCUCCAACAACUCUGCAUCUCCCCGAUGCGCCAUACGACAACUUCUUCUAUUCUGGUUGCAACACCGCUGUUCAAGUUGUCGUGACCACUCCGCAACCUGACAGUAAUCUCUCGCUAAUCUCCCCGCGUCUCGUCAUUGCUUGGCCUGCGGGAAAUAGCGGAGUCUGCACUUAUUUCGCGCCUCAGAACGGCGUAAAUGGUAGUUUGAGUAUUGAGGUUGUCAAUUCUACUAUUGGCAAUCCACUGUCGGCAACGUACGACGAGAGGAAUUCCACGUCCGGGAAUGAUACUACUCCCUUUUAUGGUGUUACUGGAACCAUUCGUUUCAGCUCCUCGGCCAUCCUCACCGUUCCAAUCCUGGGUAGUAUCCGGACGAUUCGAGACUUUGUGGAAGGGCCCAGUCUUUUGCGGCCUCAGAUCCAAGAUGCAAUCAAUGUAUCCAGUCUAUCGAAUGGUGGAGCGUCCCUCAAGCGUAUCUGGCUCGAUAAUGUGACCUCGACUCAUUUGACUUUCACUCCUGCAUCAUCAAAGGGAUCCGUCACAGUCAGCAAAAACAAUACCCUGACGUUUGGAACCGGUGACUACAUCUUUACAGCUGAAUUCAACUACCCGCAAUUGAAGCAACUCUCCCCAGCACAAGUGUUGACUAAUUCCUCCACUGAUCUAAUGCAACGAGACUCAGAGAGGACAUCGGCUUUGUCUUUCUUGUCGUAUUCUACUAAGCUUUUGGCUGGCGCAUGGCGUUUCUUGACGUACUUUGGUCGUGAUUCUAUGAUUUCUGCGCUUUUGUUGGAGCCUAUUCUUAGUAAAGGCGAGAAUGGUGCUAUGGAAGCUGUUAUUGCGGCGGUUUUGGAACGUAUCAAUAGGACGGAUGGUAGCGUGUGUCAUGAGGAGACUAUUGGUGACUAUGCUACGUGGUUGAAUGAGCAACAGUACGGGCUGUACAGCACUGAAGCCCAGUGUGACUACAAAAUGAUUGACUCUGACUACUAUCUCCCCAUUUUGAUGAACAAGUAUUUUGUCGAAGACCCUAUUGGCCGUACAAGAGCAGCAUCUUUCUUGAACACUUCGGCCGGAGCUUUCACAACACUUAACAGUAACCUAACCUAUAGACAAAUGGUAGCCAUCAACGCAGAACGCAUCAUGAAUUUGGCUGCACGUUUUGCAGGUCACAAGAACCAGACUAAGGAAAACCUGGUUCACCUCAAGGACGGUCAGAUUGUUGGAGAAUGGAGAGAUAGCACUUACGGCAUCGGCGGUGGUCGGAUUCCUUACGAUGUUAAUACGGCCUUGAUGCCUGCAGCUCUCCGAGCUAUUGCAUCUCUUGCCCGCAACAACUUCUUCAUGAACCAAGAACACUGGGCCAAACUUGCCGACAGAUACGCUCAAGUCUGGGAAGACGAAACCCUGCAGUUUUUCAGAGUGACUGUUCCCGAAUCAGAAGCGAAGCAGCUCGUAUCUUCUUAUGCCCAGACAAUCGGUUUUUCAGGGCCAAACCAAACUGACACCAUUGACGGGGACGUUAUGUAUCAUGCCCUUGCACUCGAUGGGAACAGCAACCAGACCCAAGUCCAAGUAAUGAAUACGGACGAUUGUUUCCGUCACUUCCUGCUCAAUACGACCGGCAGCCAAGACCAGCUCACUGCUUUCGUGAACCAGACCGCGAACAAUAUCCGUCGCACAUUCCCUGCCGGUUUGCUUACGGACGCCGGCAUGGUGGUCGCCAAUCCGGCCUACGGUCAGAAUCCCGUGUACGCCAGCAAUUUCACCAGUGGGGCCUAUCAUGGAACGGUGAUUUGGUCCUGGCCCCUGGCUAUGAUGGCCAAGGGAUUGGAGCAACAGCUCGGUCGAUGCGAGGUUGUCAAUAGCUCUGUUGGCCAUGACCACCAUGGCCACACCAAGAUCCCGGACUUUUGUAAGGAUGGUACAGUCUACGGUAAUGUCAAGGCAGCAUAUAACAUUCUCUGGGACUCGAUUGAGGCAAAUCAAGCUCAAUUGUCGCAAGAAGUUUGGUCUUGGGUAUAUGAUAAUAACAAUGAGACAUUUGUGCCUACUCCCCUUGGAGUUAUGCCUCCUCCACCUGGGACGGGGAGUCAGACUGGUAUGUUGAUUUUCGUCUUCCUUACCUAUUCAUUAUUUAUAUUGGUAACUAACCGUUCUCGUGCUGUUAGAAUCUGA